UCUGCUUUUCUCUUUGCUUCUCCUUCACAAAACAUUUGGUCAGUUUUUUAAGAGGAUCAUUAUUGAACCACGAAUGAGUUCUCAGAUACUGAAUAUGAACACAGAAGAGGAUGGAUACUCUCAUUUAAAUCACCUGCCACAGCAUCCAUCCAGACACUAUAUGUCUGUGAAUGUCAACCAAGGGCAAUCUCUUCCCUUUGCUGUAUGGUUGCCAGCUAUCUUCACUUUGUUUGUACUGUGCCUGGCCCUCAUCAUAGGAAUGAUAGUCCUAGGUCUCAGAGGUUCUCAGGCACCUGUGGAACAUAAUGAAAACUUGCGAGGACUAAAAGAGAGAUUAUGCUUGAUGGGUGACAUGAACAUUAAGAACAGACCAGCAUGUUCACUGUGCCCUGUAAACUGGAAAUGGAUUGGAGGUGACACCUGUUUCUACAUUUCAGAAAAGGAGGCAACAUGGCAAGAAAGUAAAGACUUUUGCUUUUCUCAGAAUUCCACCCUUCUUACACUGAAAAGGAAAAGCAAGUUGAUCAGAAUGUCUCAUAUAUUACAAAAACAAUCGUAUUGGAUUGGAUUAUCCUAUGGAGUUGAUGGCUGGUCUUGGAUGGAUGAUACAAAACUUUCUACACAGAGGAUGGACUGGAUUGAUUUGUCCUCUAAGAAAAACUGCGCGUACCUAUACUAUCGUAAGUUAAAAGUUUACAGUGAGGAUUGUUAUGAGAAAUAUCCUUGGAUCUGUGAAAAGGCAGCAGUCCAGCUGAUCUAAAAAUAUUCUUCUGAUCAGCAGAAGGAGAACUGAAAGCAUAUGAAGAGGAUUGUCAUUUUCAGAUUUUUCAAAAAGAUUAUGUAAAAUAAUGUUUAAUAGAAAUUCAAAGCAGAGUCUAUCCUUCACAUACACUAAAAUAUAACAGAGAAAGGAAGCCUUUCCAGAUAAAUAGAAUCAGCAAUAACAAAUAUUUAUGAAUCAGAGACAAGAUAUUAACAUCUGUCUAGCACAGAAACCUGAACCUUAGCCAAGCUGUUAAUCUCAAGCAUGUCAACAUAUCUAAAGAACUCAGAAGCAUAAAGACUUGUGGGGCUACUUCUUGUCACUGGUUAGAAUUUCUUAUAUAUCCAUUUCUACCAGGGCUCUCCUUUUAGCCCAUUUGACUUUACUCAGAAGAUGUCUUCUCUUACUUCUAUUUACAAAGAUACAUUCACUUCCAAAAACUCUUAACUAUUUACAGUUUUCUCUUCAAUGCACCAACUUUCAGUUAUUCUAAAUUAAUCUAAAACUCCAAAGCAAACACUCCUCUCCUUUACUACUCGAAUAUGCAUGGCUUCUUUUUUUGCUGCUUAGCAGCAAAACAUCAGUUAGCACCCUCAUCCUCCUCUUGGCUGGGGAAUAUGAAUUUUAAGUAUGUUCCAAUUUCAUAUCCAGGUAAUGAUGCUUUUCCUCUACACGCAAUAAUGUGAUCUUCCAAGAAGGCCCAGAAGUCAUUGUUAAAUAAGUGUUAAUAAACAGUAUGCUGUUAUCAUAAUUGCCAUAGCCGUUAUGCAGGGAGAAUGGACAUACUGAUUGGAUAUUUCCAAGAUUGCCAUCCUAAGACCAUUGGUCUUCAACUAAGAGGGAACAUCUCCAUCUCUUUACCUAACACAUAGGGCCCUAGAGGGAAGAGGAAUCCAAAAUACCUUGUUGAUAUUCAGCUGUCACCUCCUCCAAACUCAAGAGAAGUCUGUCCCAAUAAGCAGAAAUUCAGGAAAAAUGCCAGGAGACUUCGAUGAACUAGAGGUUCCUGGCCAAAUUCAAACACAAAAAGAAAGCAUAGAGAGGGUAGAUACACGGAUGUGUAACCUGGGAGUAAUACAGAGACAGGGAUGAGGUUAGGAAAGCCAGAGCCCAUUGGAACUCACUCUGGCCAGUGAUGUCAAAGACAACAGGAAUGGAUUCUGGGUGACAAAAUGUAGAUGGAAAAAUAUGGACCCACUGCUGAAGGAGACAGUGGACUCGAUUAUACAGGAGAUGGAAACAGCUGAGGUACUGGAUGCCUUCUUUGCCUCAGCCUUUAUGAGCAAGUUUGACCUUGAUGCAUAGCAGGCCCCAGAAUGUAGAGGGAAAGUCUGGAGCAAGCAAGAAGUUCUGGUCUGGGAACACAAGUACACUGUCCAUACAUAAAUCCAUUGGUUCUGAUAGGAUGCACCCAUGAGUGCUGUGGGAGCUGGAAGAUGUCACUGUUGCAAGGUCAUCUUCAAAAACCUUUUAAUGAUCAUGGUUACUGAGAGAGUGCUUCAGGACUCAAGGAAAACAAAU